AUGUUGUUUAAGAGUACGGAGCCUGUGGGGAAGUGUUUGAAUGAGGCCAAAGUAGAUAAUGUUCAAAUACAGGAAGUGAUUCUCGUUAGCAGAUCAACUAGAAUCCCAAUAAUUCAACAUCUCUUGAAAGAUUACUUCGAUGAAAAGAAGCUCUAUGCAAGUAUAAAUCUGAAUGAUGAUACGGCUUGUGGUACAGCAGUUCUAGACGUAAUCUUGAUUGGUAAUGGAGAUGAAAAUAUUCAAGAAUUGCUAGUGGUUGAUGUCACCCUAUUAGAUCUUGGUAUUGAAACUGUUGGUGGGACGAUAAUGUGUUAA